CGCUAAAACGGGAGGGUCGGUGAUCAUGUUUGGUCUUGUUAUUGCUCAGCGUUGAAGCCCUCCCACCCAAAAGGAGGCUUUGUCUCUGACGACAAGAUAUGCUUAACUCCGAUGAAGCAGAUAUUGAAAUAUUCUUCGACUCAGCGGAUUUUCUGCCACCUCAACACUCUGUUUUAGACGAAGAGUUGGGUAGUAGCAAGUUUGGGUACGAAGUUUGGGUGAAUAGGCCUCAAAGUGUGAAGGAAAGACGGCAACGUUUUUUCCAAGAAAUGGGGUUUGUUGAUUUUUCUUCGAACCUUUGCUCUCAAGAGAUUAACGCCUUGGAACUUGAAAGGAUAAUGGAGAGCGAAGGCGCAGCAUCAAGUGCCUUCAGUUCCUCUCCCGAAGAAAACGUCUUGUUUGAUGAACGUAACGGAGAUGCAAACUUUGAAAGGAAGGUGUGUGAGUCAUCUUCUUCAGGUAAAGAGCACAGGCCCGGAGAAGCUGAGGCAUCAGAGGAAUGUCAAUAUGGUCCCUUUGAUAUGGGUAAAAAGAAAAUGAAAGGCUGGUGGAAGCUCUUUGUGAAGAGCAGGAAAACAAUUGGAGGGAAAGUGCGAUCAAAGUUGAAGCGAGAGAUGAGUAAAACUCGCAGAAUCAAUGUAAAGCAGAACAAAAAGAGGUGGAUGGAAUUGAGUGCCUUGUACUUAGGACAAGAGAUCAGAGCUCACGAAGGACUAAUCUGGACUAUGAAGUUUAGUCCUAAUGGUCAGUACGUAGCAAGUGGAGGUGAAGACGGGGUAGUGCGGGUAUGGCGUAUUAUCUCAAUGGAUACAUCCAGCAUUUGUUUCGAUGCAGAAGACAUUAAUUCUACCAGCAAAGUGAAACAAGAAAUCUCUUGUUCUUGGAGGAAAAAGUCAAAUAUAUCCUUCAUGGCGCUUCCGAACAAGGUUCUCCAAAUUGAGGAAUCACCACUGCAAGAAUUCUUUGGUCAUAUCAGUGACGUCUUGGAUUUGGCUUGGUCUGAUUCAAAUAUUCUUUUGUCGUCUUCAAUGGACAAAACAGUUCGAUUGUGGCAAAUUGGUUGUGAUCAAUGUAUGGGUGUCUUCCGUCACAGUGAUUAUGUGACUUGCAUCCAAGCAAACCCAGUUGAUAAAAACUACUUCAUCAGUGGGUCUAUAGAUGGCAAAGUCCGAAUAUGGGGGUUACGUGAAAAGCGAGUUGUAGACUGGGCAGAUGUACGAGAUGUGAUUACGGCUAUAAGUUACCACCCAGAUGGGAAGGGGUUUGUAGUUGGAUCCAUCACAGGCGCUUGUCGUUUUUAUGUUGCUUCAGGCAAACAUUUCCAGCUUGAGGCAGAGAUAUGGGUUCAUGGGAAAAAGAGAUCAGCUGGCAACAAGAUUACUGGCAUUCAGUUCUCACAGAAAAAGCACCAGAGAGUUAUGAUCACAUCAGAAGAUUCCAAAAUUCGUGUGCUCGAUGGUUUCGAACUUGUCCAGAAAUUUAAAGGCAUUCCCAAGUCAGGAAGCCAGACAUGUGGGUCAUUUACAUCAACAGAAAAUCACAUCAUAUCUGUUGGAGAGGACUCCCAUGUGUGCAUUUGGAAUUGCAAUGGCUUGGAACAUUCGUCAUCCAAAGCCAUAAAAUCUCAGCGUUGCUGUGAGUACUUUUCCACUGAAGGUGUUACUGUGGCCAUACCCUGGUUGGUAAAUAGUACAGAACAUGCAAGUUUGUGCGGCAACUCAGAAAUGCAACAUCUCCAGGAGGCUCGUCCUAGUGUUAGAGAUUCAGAGCGUUUCUCUCUGGGUAAUUGGUUCACCAUGGAAGGCACCUGCCGGGGUUCAGUGACGUGGCCGGAAGAGAAACUUCCGACUUGGAAUUUUCCAUUUGCAGAAGACGAGUAUGAUCCCAUAGAGCUUUGCAACAGAGAUGCUUGGCAUGAGAGAGUUGGAUCAGAAACAUGGGGACUAUCCUUUGUGGUGGCUGGUUUGGAUGGAACGAUCAAGACAUUCCAUAACUUUGGAUUGCCUGUUAGGCUUUAGAACUUCGUCUUGCCUUAUGUUGGUGCUGUAGCAAGUUCUAGGAAGGGUCUGUUCUUUGAUUAUGCAGGUUAUCCUUGAUUAAUUAAUUAGGCUUUAGGUUCCCGGUGAAUAUGUUAGGUUUUAGAUGAGUUUGUACAUUCACGAUCCUUGGUUCCAAUCGAUUUAAUGUGGCUCUGUAGUGUAGUAAUCGGGCCACCAGAUUCUUGGACCUUUGAACCUUUUUUUGUGGAUAUUACUUUACCUCA